AUGUUUCGCGCGCAGCAGAAUGCCUUCGACGAUGCCGUCGCCAAGGCGACGGACGAGAACCUGACAUCCGAGAACUGGGAAUACAUUCUGGAUGUUUGUGACAAAGUUGGCUCUGAAGAGUCAGGUGCGAAAGAAGCUGUCGCAGCCAUGAUCAAGAGAUUGGCCCACCGCAAUGCCAACGUGCAACUUUAUACAUUGGAGCUUGGAAAUUCGUUGGCGCAGAACUGCGGCCUCAAGAUCCACCGCGAGUUGGCUUCGAGAAGCUUUACUGAUGCACUGUUGCGUCUGGCUGCUGAUCGGAACACGCAUCAACAAGUCAAGUCAAAGAUUCUGGAGCGGAUGGAAGAAUGGACAGAGAUGUUCUCUUCUAACCCGGAUUUCGGCAUUAUGGAGCAAGCCUACAUGAAACUAAAAACUACGAACCCCAAUCUUCAGCCCCCAUCCAAGCCUGGCAAGCGUGAAAUCACCGAUGUGGACCGCCAGAUGGAAGAAGAGGAACUACAAAUGGCGCUAGCUCUCUCAAUUAAAGACAAGACUGUCCCUGGACCAGCUCCAGCCCAGGCCGCGGCCGCGGCAGCACCUCGUGCUGAGUCCUCGGCUGCCGCUGCCUUGUCCGCACCUACCCCUACUGCCCAAGCGGAGCCUGCUGAAGCCCAGGCCGUUCUGUCUGGAACAUCGGUAGCGACGGUUUCCCGGGUGAGAGCAUUGUUCGACUUCCAACCGUCUGAGCCAGGCGAGCUACAAUUCCGCAAGGGAGAUAUCAUUGCAGUUUUGGAAUCAGUCUAUAAAGAUUGGUGGAAGGGUUCCUUGAGGGGUCAGACUGGUAUCUUCCCUCUCAACUAUGUGGAGAAGCUUCCCGACCCUACAGUGGACGAGUUGCAGCGGGAAGCUCAGAUGGAAGCGGAUGUCUUUGGCCAAAUUAAGAGCGUGGAGAAGCUUCUUACUCUACUGAGCACUCGAAACUCCGAUCUGAACGUCCAAGAAAACGAAGAAAUCACGACUCUCUAUCAGGCUACUCUUGCAAUCCGACCCAAAUUGAUCGAACUCAUCGGCAAGUACUCGCAAAAGAAAGAUGAAUUCACCCAGCUCAAUGAGAAGUUCAUUAAAGCUCGUCGGGAUUAUGAAUCUCUGCUCGAGGCAUCAAUGGCCCACCCUCCUCAAUCUCAAUAUGGGCGCCCUGCCCAGCCACAGUACGGUUAUCCCGGUGCUGCACCUGCCGGAUACCCACCUGCCCAGGCUGAUCCGCGAUACUUUACGCCCCGGCCUCAAGAAACCACGCCAACACCGGCUGCUGCUCCAUACGCGCCUUAUGCCGGCGGCGAGCAAACUAUUCCUUACCGUCCUGCCUCUCACUCACCCGAUCCCCGCAACCAGGUCCAGGCUGGGAUUCCACCUGCGCAGCAACAUACCCCGCAACCCGAUGCGUACCAAGCUGUGCACCACCGUCCCCAGUCUACAUUCGACCACCCUCAAGAACUGGGAACAUCCGUGUAUGAUUCACCCGUCGACCACCCUACUCCUGCUCAGCGUCUGCCCUACCCCCAAGCUAGUCAAGCCCCGCCUGCUGGUCCGCCACAGUUCCAGCAGCAACAGCAAGACUACUCACCUUCAGCAUACUCCGCCGAAGAUCCACCCCAGGCUCCACCUGCGUCCAUUAUGCCCCAAGUCCCUCAUCAAUUCCAGCAACAGCAACAACACCAAGCCCCGUACCCCAACUCCCCCGAUGCCUCACAACCCGCACCCUCACACCAGCCCCCCACCCGUGCCUACCUCAGCCCAGCCCCAGUACACAUCCUACACACCCCCGGCGCCCGCUCCAGCGGGGAGGAGCAGCUGGCUCAAAUCCAGCUUCCUUCUAUCGGUAAAUGCUUCGCCCUGCUCAUCUCGCCUGGUCAGUAUCGAUCAAUACCUCGUCUGUGUUCUAUGUCGGCUUUGUAUGGCAUCUAA